UAUGAUUCGACGUGGUAUUGGUCCGAAUGACGGGUUCCGAAGACGGGCCUUUCCCGGGUGAACCUAAUAUAUAUGAUAGUUGCAACGGAACUACAUCUGAGUCGAUGAUCUGUUUGUUUGAGUUGACAGUCAGUUGGACAUCCACGGUCCGAGUCUGUUCAGUAUGGUUUUUUCAUUGAUUAUGAUGUCAACAUUGGUGCCCACUAUUAUUGGGCUGAAUGAAGCUACCAAGGGAGCACGAGACCAGGAGGAUAAUCGCAGGAACGAGGCCCGGUCACAACGAUGUCAUUUGAUAGCCACGUGUGAGGUUUCUGCUGGAUCCCAGGCUCAGAGACGGCAGGUUCAGAAUGCGAAGGUUUAUCUAGAUCAGGAUUACAAGGUAUGUUGUGGGGAGUAUUCUUGUUGCGAGAUGGAGGUAGACGUAAAAUACGGACAAUAUUAUGAGCACCCAGCGUUUGGAGAGGAUAACUCGUCUGGACUCAUUACGAUGAGUCCGGAGAAUCCCCCGCUUGCGCGCUGGGUGUAUCUGGAUAGUGAAACGAAUGAACUGAGAUAUGGAGGCCGGAAGGAGAGUGAGAGCAAUGUGUGUGGGCCAUUUGACUGGUCGGAAGACGAACAGUAUGUCACGCUGGAGGGAAACGAGCGAUGGCUGGCCGUGCGACUGGCGGAGGAUGCGCGAAAGGAGCAGGAGGUUUGAUCGCAGUGGGAGCGGCGCGGGUCUUCCUGAGGGAGCAGAGACGAUGCAGAUUCGGUUGAAGCGGGAGCCAGCCGAAGAGUAGGC